CUUGCCCUAAUUAAGCUUCCUUUGGCAGAUAACGCGAUUUUCUUGUGAAAACAAGCUCCUUUAAGUCACCAGAAAAGGCGGCUGAUCCUUCGGAGGCAGACUCCUCCUCGGGGCACAAGCCGUGUAGCUUCAUCAUAUUAAGGGAACUAAAGUGUUGAAACUUGGCCUCACUCGUUUGAGUUCAUCUGCUUGGGACUGCAUGCUUUUAGGUCACUCCAUUGUUCAUUUUAAUUCAUAGUAUGGCUUUUUGUAUUUAAGGGUUUUAGUUCUGAAGUUGAAGAUUUUCAGGUUCCUGUUUUGUUUGGUAUGGUUUGGUUUACACAUUUGUAGCUAGUGGAAUCUUCUGUGGCUAGACAGAUACAAAUCCAUUGUUUACCUGUCUUUUUUAAGAAGAAAAGCUAUAAACCCUCUUCUGUAAACUUGCUUUCUUGAAUUUGUGUGUGUCUCCAAAUUACAAGAUCUUGUUUGAAAGUGAAGAAAUGGAAGAGAGAAACGAGAACGAUAAAACGGAUGAAGUUAUGCUGCCGGGGUUCAGAUUUCAUCCCACUGAUGAGGAAUUAGUAGGGUUUUAUCUAAGAAGGAAGAUCCAGCAGAAACCUCUCUCCAUUGAACUCAUCAAGCAACUUGAUAUCUACAAAUACGAUCCAUGGGAUCUUCCAAAGUUGGCAACUACUGGAGAAAAAGAAUGGUAUUUCUAUUGUCCGAGGGACAGAAAAUAUAGAAACAGUGCACGGCCCAACCGAGUAACGGGAGCUGGAUUUUGGAAGGCCACAGGUACCGACCGGCCUAUCUACUCCUCUCAAGGUUCAAAAUGCAUUGGCCUGAAGAAAUCCCUUGUUUUCUACAAAGGUAGAGCAGCAAAAGGAAUUAAAACCGACUGGAUGAUGCAUGAGUUUCGACUACCCUCAGUUUCUGACUCAGUUUCACCUAAGAAAUACUUGGAUAAAAACAUUCCAGCAAAUGAAGCAUGGGCGAUAUGUAGGAUUUUCAAGAAAGCUAACUCGAGCACACAAAGGGCUCUUUCUCAUUCUUGGAUUUCUCCAGUGUUUGACACAACUAUAUCUGAUAUGACAAUGAACCCUCCUCCAGCUAACAACAUUCAGUUCAGUUCUAGCAGUUUAACAAUGUCGAACAAGACAAAUUCACUCGUUUUCUGCAACGAUAUUGAGUCAUCAAUUGCGAGUUUCUCUCCCAUUCAUUUCUCAGCCUGCAAACCAGCUUAUCAGAUGGGAAAUAAACCUUGUCAAAUGCCUUCAGAUGGAGUUAACCUAACCACAAGCUCCACAAUUUCAUCCACUGAGAUGUCGCGCCUACCAGCUCAAAACUGUGCCAUUAAUGAUGCUUCCUCUUUGUUGCUAGACAUGCCAUCAAAUUCCAUCUUUGGAGAAUUUGUAAAGGGCACAGAGAACGUCGAUUUUGGCACGUUUCACGAGCAGUGCAAUGAAUUCUCAGCCACGGUGGCUGAGAAUUUGCGACAAAAUCUUUGCCAUGGAGAGGAGGCAGUGCUGGUGAAGGACCAGAAUGUGGAGCAUUUAGAUGAUCAGUGGGGGACAAUAAGGUCAGUCGGAUAUCCUUAUAGUUACCCGUUGAGCUUGCCUGAUGCAUGGAAGUCGAAUUUGCUGUGGGAUUCUUCACCUUGUCCUAGUGAACUAUCCACUAGUUAUUCUACUAACAAGUGCUAUACUUGAGUACUAGAGGGCACUCUAAUUUUAGUUCAACAUUCAAGUUUUGUACGGUCUAGUGUCUUUCUUUCUUCCUUUCUUAAUAUUAAUGUCACACUAGUAUUUUGGUAAGAUGUGAUCAGAUUGUACUGUAGAAGUUAAAUCACUUGAAAUACUUUUAAGUUUAUC